AUGGUACUAGGCGAUCAUGCAUGGAUGAAGGAGCGUGCAUGGAGUAGUAGUCAAUUGGAGAAUGCAAUAAGAAAGAUCAUAAUGGCAGCAAGAACCACCGGAAACACCAAAAGCAAAGGAAUUCCUGGUGGUGAAGGAACACCCAUCAAAAGUGGACCAAACACAAGACAAGGUUUUGCUUCUGGCCUUGUAAACCUUGGUGAAAUACAAGUUUCCAAAGUCACAAGGUUUGAGUUUAUUUCGAGCAGCAGUGUUAUGCUAGACACAAAAAAAGCUGUUACAUUCUUUAGGCCUGUGGGAGUACCAGAAAGUUUCCAUAUCCUUGGUCACUAUUGUCAACCCAGUGGCAAGCCUUUGCAUGGUUUUGUACUUGUUGCCAAAAUUUGCUCUCCUCAAAAUGCUGAUACGAUACCUCCUCUAAAGAAUCCCCUUGAUUUUAAGCUAGUUUGGAGUCAUAAUGCAGCAAGUAUGGAAAUUCCAGGUGUAUACUUUUGGCUACCUGAACCUCCUGAAGGUUACAAGGCCCUUGGCUAUUUGGUUACUAACAAACAUGACAAGCCUUUGUUGGAUGAAAUGUGUUGUGUUCGUGCUGACCUCACCGAUAAAUGUGAACCUUACCGCCAAAUACUCGCUACUGGUUCUAGAAUUCCAGAGUUUUCAUUUCAGGUAUGGAGUUUAAGAACUUGUGACCGUGGCAUGUUAGGGAAAGGUGUUUCUAUUGGUACUUUUUUCUGCAGCAAUGGCUGGACCAUGGGAGAAGGGCUACUACCUGUUGCAUGCUUGAAGAACCUGAAUCUUGUGCUACCAGCAAUGCCAGAUUCGCAACAAAUACAUGCACUUAUUAAGCAUGAUGGCCCUACUGUCCCGCAACUGGCAGUUGCGGCAUCCCAUCCCUCUCUCCUCUCUCCCCCUAUCCCGCCAGCUCCAAAGGCGGGACUGCCCACGUAG